CUGGUGGAGUUGUCUGUGGCUGAAACACCAAACAAAUCUCAAGAAUGCUGGCUUUAUAACGAAACAUAAUUUUUGUCACAAAAGAAAACAAAUGGUAUUUCAAAGUAAUACUAAGCUGCAAUUAUGUGUGCUUCUCCUCAGUCUGCAGGCUCACUGUCUGACAGGACGGUCAGUGAGUCCUGGACAGAAUGUGUCUCUUGAAUGUCCCCUCAGCACUGGAGAAGUUUACUGGUAUAGACAGGACUCGGCAGAGCUCCUUCUGGCCAUCCUGCGCUCCUUUGAGUCCACAUCCACAACCCCUUUUUAUUACAACGGGUUUGGAAAACAUUACUCUCUAGAGACGAACAGCAGGUUGCUGAUUCACAAUGUCACAAGUCACGAUUCUGGAAUGUACUACUGUGCCAGAAAGGAGGAGGAUAUAUUUGUGUUCAGCAACGGUACAAGACUGGAUGUCACAAAAGAGAACAUCAGUAAUUCCCAUUCAGGACAGAACACCACUAGUAGUGAUCAAGGCUUCUCUCAAAACAUAUGGCUAUCAGUAUCGCUGGUGUGCUCCUUCCUUUUAAAUUUUAUUUUGUUGAUUCUAGUCACAGUUUUAGUAAGGCGAUCCCGAACAUUGAAUUGUUUCUGUGCCAAGAAAUCAGAGAAACCCCAAGCGACAACUCAGCAACAAGAUUUAGCGUAUGCUGAGGUACAAAUGGCUGCGACCCAGAAGAGGAUAAAGAAGAAAGAGAUACACACCACCUAUGCUGAAGUGCAGUUUACCUGAGGCCAGAGCUAAUCCCAGGGAGGGAGCACAGUAUAAUCAACUGGGAUCAUGUUUUAAAAAUAUUUUUUCCAAAUAAGAGACUACACUUCAUUGACAUUCCUAAAGAAGACAUAGUAAAAUGUGUAAAUACCUCCCAAAAAUAAUAAUCUUAAUAAAAUUAAUUAUAAU